AUGGCGGCUUCUAGUAAUGCAUUUGUAACGACUGUGGAGCCUCUAGGAGCGCAUAGAUUCACUAUAGUCUGGCUGCAUGAUAUGGAUGAAAAUGACAAUGAUUCAGCUCGGUUUGUGAGAAGUCUACAGCUUAGAAAUAUCAAAUGGAUUUGCCUGUACUCUGGUGUAGGUUCUUUAACCUGGCCAAAUGGAGUUGGAAUGAACAUAACUACCUGGCACAACAUCAACAUGAGUACUGAUAAGAUGCAAGACCAUCUAAAUGGGUUAGAUUACGCAGCUAUGCGUGUUGCUGACAUUUUAUCGAAUGAACCUGCAGGAUCAGUCAUACCAGGAGUAGGAGGCGUCGGCUUCGGUGCACUAGUAGCUCUCCACUUUGCAACAAAUUGUGCUCUUAGACGUUUUCCAGUAGUUCUGCGACUUGCAAUAGGGAUCAACGGCUGGCUUUACACUUAUGAUAGCAUAAAAAGCAAGAUAGAAUCUGAAUAUGGGGCUGCAAGAAGUACUGCAUACCAGUCAAUCCUACUAACACACGGAGCAUCCAAUCCUAGAGUUCCUAACUUCUUUGUAAAUAAAUCCGUUGACUCCCUUAGAGAGGCUGGAUUUACAGAUGUUUCAUUGGUCGAAUUCCCAAGGCUUGGUCAUGAAAUCACUGAGGAUGUCGAAAAUGCGGUCAAAGCCUGGUUGCAAGAGAAGCUCGCGCUUGAUCCCGCUUGA